UGCACUAAUUCGUUAUGGGAUAUUAAACGAGGGUCCUUAGGUAAAAGGAGGAAGACUCUUCCAACCCCGCCCCCCGCGUCGCUCACUUCGGGGUGGGUCUGAGCCACCAGCAACAUCCGCGUCCGCCUCUUGAGAUGGACCGCGAGACAUCGGGCUUCGGUCGGAAGUCGUUCAGCUGCUGAUUUAAAACCGAAACGAAUGACGGUGGCCCCACCGCCUGUGUCAUACCCGCCCGGUGUGCGGUAGUCGCGGCCGCAGAACGCUCCGGCAAGGCCUCGGUGGCUGCGUUGGUGCGUUCAAUGUCCACCGUUCAUGGAGUGAACCGUGCUUUGGGUGGCGUGUGAUGAUAGGAGACACGAUGACGCUCUUGUCUCUUCUGGGUCGGAUCAUGCGCUAUUUUCUCCUCAGGCCGGAGACGUUGUUCCUGCUAUGCAUCAGCCUGGCGCUAUGGAGCUACUUCUUCCACACGGACGAAGUGAAGACCAUAGUCAAGUCGAGCCGCGACGCCGUGAAGAUGGUGAAGGGCAAAGUAGCCGAAAUGAUGCACAACGACCGCCUGGGAGGCCUCAGCGUGCUAGACGCAGAGUUCUCCAAGACCUGGGAGUUCAAGAGCGACAAUGUGGCCGUGUACUCCAUACAAGGCAGAAGGGACCACAUGGAGGACCGCUUCGAGGUGCUCACUGACAUCGCCAACAAAAGUCACCCGUCCAUCUUUGGCAUCUUUGACGGGCACGGUGGGGAGGCCGCAGCAGACUACGUAAAAGCCCACCUGCCCGAAGCCUUGAGGCAGCAGUUGCAGGCAUUGGAGCGAGAGAGAAAGGAGAGCUCCUCGUCGUACGCCGGCGUUCUGGAGCAGCGCAUUCUGACUGUAGACAGAGAGAUGCUGGACAAGCUAUCUGCCAACCACGAUGAAGCAGGAACCACAUGUCUCGUGGCACUGCUGUCAGACAGAGAGCUGACCGUGGCCAACGUUGGCGACUCCCGCGGCGUCCUAUGCGACAAAGACGGAAAUGCCAUUGCGUUGUCCCACGACCACAAACCUUAUCAGCUCAAAGAGCGCAAGAGAAUCAAGAGGGCGGGAGGCUUCAUCAGUUUCAACGGUUCCUGGCGAGUCCAGGGAAUUCUGGCUAUGUCCCGCUCCCUCGGCGACUACCCGUUAAAGAACCUGAACGUAGUCAUCCCCGAUCCAGACAUCAUGACGUUCGACCUGGACAAACUUCAGCCCGAGUUCAUGAUCCUGGCGUCAGACGGCCUGUGGGACGCCUUCAGCAAUGAGGAGGCGGUACGGUUCGUCCGCGAGCGCUUGGACGAGCCCCACUUUGGUGCCAAAAGCAUCGUCCUGCAGUCCUUCUACCGUGGUUGCCCAGACAAUAUUACUGUCAUGGUGGUCAAAUUCAAAAGUGGGGCAGCGAGUAGUAGUAAGGUAGGGGACUAGGUCAAGAGGACUGUACGUGACCCCCUAUAGAGACAAGAUACAGCAUGAAUAUUGAUGAAGUGUACAAGUGGAUGAAGCAAAUACACCAAAUUAGACAAGGGAGCCUAAAUACCCAUUAAUCAUUGCCUCAGAGAUAAGGACUAGCACGUAUCGUUCCAGUACUACAGUUUACAGUUCAUGACUGGGCCAGCUCCACAGGAGCUUCUUCAGAGGGGGCUAUGGUCAGUGCCUAAUUGUAAAGUAUAGAAAAACACCAGCCUUUUUGCCACAUCUCAACAAUACUUCCAUCCAACCAAUUUCCUCUAAUAGAUGCCCUACUUAAAAGUGGACACGAAACAAAUAAGCACCAAGCCUCAAAUAGAUGCCAGCUUUUAUGCUUUGAGAGGGUACCACACGCUGACUGUAAUUUCUAAGGGUCUGAACUGUGCGGUCGACUUGCUAACCACUAGGUAUUGCCACCAUGGAAUUUUGCUGAGCAUUUGACUAUAAAGAGUUGAAUUAUUCUACUGUAAAAAGAACCAACUGAUUUUGAAAGAGUGCUUCACUGGAAAAAAAGAAAUCAGCAAGGAGCUCCACGGAAUGUUUUUAAGAGUGGAUUUCAUUUAAGCACGAACAAUUGAUUCUAGAAAAGUGAUAAGCAAUGGAAAUGUACCCUUCAGUGACUAAUGGAGGCUGUAAUACAAUACAUCCAUUUGUUUUCUAUAGCACUGGUCCAUUAUUUUUGAUGAAGCCUAUACAACCCCGAUUAUGGCCAAGAGGCGAUUUAUACUCUGAACUGUCCCUGGCCAGUCACAUGCUAGGAAACCCUAUUGACAAUUACAUUGACAUAAGAGCAAUUUAGUCCUCAAAUAACCUAAGAAUCAUGUUUUGCGGAUGUGGAAAGAAACCCAAAGAAAUUAGAAGAUACAAAAAUGGAAUACAAUACAGUAACCUGACUACAACAACAUUUAAACAUAUAUUAUUUACAAAGAAGCAGAAUUCAUACAAAUAAAGUGGUCAUUCUGUAAAUGCCUGGUACUCUUAAAAAAAUAAUUAAUUAAUAAUCCUCUGGCUAACUGUAUGAGGGAAUAACAGUUGGAUUAAAAAAAUGCUGAUCUGGAAUUGCCAUUUUGACCAGAACAUUAUUCCAUGUCAUAAUACAGUGGUGCCUUGAGAUAUGAGUUCAAUCCUGUAUGUUCCACCCCCCUCAGAACUUAACACUCAACCUCCCACUAGUAUACUAACCAGUAUAAUACAGACAAUUCAUAAUGCAUGAAGAUCGGCACUCAUGAAUAAGUCAAUCAUAUUAGUUGUAGGUAAAGAAAAUGUAUGCUUGCAUUAUUAAAUUGCCUGCCUGCAUGUGUUGCACCACCAUAUGUGUUCAAUUAUCAGUUGCUUUUAGGUUUAUAACCGCAACAAUGAAUCUAUUAGUUAACAUGUCUGUGAAGUUUUGCAUUGUUUGCUAGCAUUAAGCUGAAAUAUUUUUCUUCAAGCAAAUGUACUGUAUCUCACUCCUUCAAGUACAUAGUGUUUCAUUUGUUUUGUUUUAAAGUAAACAGAGGAGUCACAAUAUACGGCUUGAAGAUGUGUUAUUGAAGAAUUGUCAACUGCUGUUUGUUGUGAAGUUAGUUGAUUGCCACUUUACUGUGCUUGUGUAGCAACAUUUUGUUCGCAAGUCAAAGCCAAAAAAAAAAAAAAAAAAAAAAAGACUCAUAUCUCAAGGCACCACUGAACAAAACUAAAAUGCACUUGUAUUUGUUGAAAUAACAUUUAAAUUAUAGCAUCUGAGGAGGUUAAUGACCGGUCCCUAUCCACGCAUUCAAAAUAAACUCAGUGGCAGAUGCCAUGAGAAUCUGAAUGAUGACAUACGCUGUUGCGCUGCAGUUCAGCCAUACAGUGCAAUGUAAUGUGAGAAGCCCCUGAAGCAAUAUACUGUACAACCGGUGUUGUCAGCAGUGAUACAUUUCAAGCAAAAGCUACGGUAAACCAUGACUCACUGUUCACUGAUAUAGAUUUUGUUCUCGCUGGAAUUUAGUCAUAUUUUAUGACAAGUUCAGCACCACGCCGCCAUCCACAUACAUAAAAAACGUAGCAUUUACAUUGAAAAUGUAAAGCUUUUUGUUGAUAAGUUUUCAUGCAAAAUCCAAUUCAAGUCCCUUGAAAAGUGGCUUUCUCGAGAAAAGUCAAAGCGUUUUUGUUUUAAAUCUACCUUAUAUGCCUUAUAUUUAUUGAGUUUUUUUUUUUUUUUUUUUGUCAAACAGAUUGCCAAAUCUGUGUACUGUAUAUUCAUAUUGUUUUUCUUCUGCUUUGCAAUAAAAUAUAUGCUCA